AGCACUCAGCUAUAUACUGUACUGUGGGAACCCAGCAAGACGAAGGCAUGUUCCGGGGACAUGUUUCUAGGCAACACCAAACAUUUCUACUGUAGAAGUUAGGAUGGUUCGGGUAAAGUCAAGAUAUUUGCUGUGUGAAAUAAACAUCUCCGUCCCAUCCAAUCGGUUGUUGCUGGAAGACAGACCGAUCUUCUCGGCAGUGAAAGAUGCCGUGGCGAGCAUGCACGGUGACUAUGGAGCGGCACAAUGUUCCAUUGGUUUCUCAGUCAAAUACGUGAAUGCACUCACUGGCAUAAUGCUUAUACGCUGCCCCAAAAGUUCUUACCGCCUCAUCUGGUCUGCGCUGCCUUUCGUUACCAGCGUGGAACUUAAAGGAAGGAAAAUCCCCCUUUUCCUCAACUGUUUGCAUGUCGGAGGAACAAUCAGAACAUGUCAGAAGUUCCUGGUUCGAUACAAUACCCAGCAGCUCCAUAGAAUGCUCCCUCAAUGUAAAACCACAGGGCUGUGGCUGUGCUGCGGUCCAGACAUCAGAUCAUCCUCAAUUCUUGCACCGAGUGGCAGAUAAUUCUGGACAUGGAUGGUGAUGGUCACAUAUUUCCGCUGCAUUUCAGACUCCCAAGAACCCGGUUUGAGGUCCUUUUUUAAAAGGUACCUUCAGGAGGUUGGCCUGCAAAGUGACCACUACCAAAGGCUGCCUCCCCUGCUUAUUGCAAAGAAGGUGCUCAUGUUCCUGUGGUACAUGGCCAACCAGAAAUGGUCCCGGUAGAUAUCUUGACAAGUUUAACGUCUCACUUUCAUCAGCACAUAGCUCCAUACUUCGGUUGCUGACCAUCUUGUCCACUUUUGUCUCAUGGCCUACAGGCUGUGAGAAGAGGGUGUCUGCCACCAGAUUCCAACGCACAUGUGGCCUUGAGGGGGUCAUUGGAGCGAUGUCUCCAGAGGCCACCGGUCAGAGGAGGGGACUACAUGAACAGGAAGUCCUACAACUCUGUCCUCCUCCUGGGGAUUGUUGAUGCCUAAGGCUGCUUCAUCAACGUCUUCACCGGAAUCCCUGGCAGGAAUGCAAGAAUGGCAGGAGAAGAUGGGGAAGUACCAUCCGCUGGGGGAUAGUGCUUAAAUCAGUCAGGCUUUCCCCUUCAUUGUCACCCCCCAGCAUGACAACGGGGCACUCUGAUUGAUACCUUUACGGGGGAGGAGGAGAGGAGCUGGCUGCGCUUGUGAGGGAGCUCUGUUGGACCGCCUCUGUGCAUAGGGUCGGCGUAUCACCACGCCAGCACAAUCACUCCCCACAACAGGUGGGUCCACGUCAUCGUUGAGCAGGCAUUUAGGAGGAUUAAGUACAAGUCGAGGCGCAUGAGAAACUUGCAGAACACAUGCACCGUCACUUUGGGAUAAUCUUGGCUGCAUGUUACCUUCACAACUUUUCCCAUGGUGCCUCGAUAGGAUGUGAUUAACACCCAGACGGAUGUCCAAGAGAUGGAGAUACCAACGAGUAAGUUGUGUUCCGGCAAUAUUUUGUCAAAACCAAAGACCCUGAGUUAUUUUACUCUGAGUUUCCUCUGCAAAUGUUGAGGCAGGAAUCAGUGAUGAAACACAUUUUUCCUUUCUGAAAUCUUUGGCAACAACUAUACAUUGACGUGGUUCACACUAUUUGUCGAUGUGAUGGUACAUACUAUUUAUGGGUGUGAUAACUAUGCAAGGUAUCCUUUGCGUGAAUGCAGUGAGAUGCCUUUGAAACUAAACAAACUUGGGUGACAUUCAAACACACUCAGACUCGGAUGAGUUAAAAAAUAUAUGUAUUUUUGAAGCAGAAUCUGUGAGAAAGAGACCAUUCAAAUGUGUACAAGACAAGAGGUUAUAAUAAUAAAACAAGGAUAAUGUACAUA